GAGCCAUCCAUUUCCCUUCAUGCUACUUCUUCACUCCACCCUACACACCCAUCUCACCCCACCCCAUCCUGCUUUAAUGCUCCCAAUCCUCUUUGCAGGAGAGUGACGUCUGCUACUGUCAGAAACAGAGUUAAGCUGUGCAGGCACCGGGGGAGCUGAGGAGAGAGAGAGAGAAGCUCCGGCCCUGAGGGAAUAACCAACCAGGACUGGGCUUCCUCUGGGACAACUCUCUGCCACCUAAACUAGACCUGACUCUCCUCAUUAGUGUGCGGUAACCCCACCUGCUUGGGAGCAUAUGGGGAAACCUAACUUUGUUGUUUAAAGAUAGCUACUUUCAGAUUUAAAAAAAAAUCUUUGUCCAAACUUCAGGACCUUAACAGCUGCCAUGGAUGUAUGCUAUCGAGCUGGAAUAUAAAGCUUCCUCCGGGCAAACAACAUUGAUUUAAGGAUCUUUUUGUUGCUUUUGUUGCUGCAAGUUAUUGCAUUGUUAUUAUUGUUACUUUGAAUUGGUGCGGAAACAACAAAACAGAUGGCGGAAGUGUGAACAUACACUGAAAGCAUUCUGUGUCGUUGAGGGCUGAUGAAUGAACAGCAAAUUUAGUUUUUUUUUUCUCCAGGGAUCCACUGAAGCCACUGUUUACUUGGUUUGUGGGCAAGUGAUUCUGUAUGCAACAAGUUAGAAGUGCUUGAACUGAGAGAGGGAGAGAGCGUGUGCCUGAGAGUAAGCGUGUGUGGUGAGCGGAGCCUGUGGAGGUCAGAGUCCUGGAUUUCCAAGAGAUGGAGGGUCGUUGCUAUGACGAGAGGGACGGCUACCACAUCGACUACACGAGAAUCGUGGGUGACAUGGAGCCGGCAUGGCCUCGUAUUCCCAACAGAGACGGGGAUCAAGCUCCCCCCUUGGUGGCCCAUGCCCAGCACGGACACGGCCAUGAGACUGCAGCCCAGAGAUACGUUGCCACACGUAUCCAAGCCGGAUACGCACCAGAGAGCAUGGCUGACUACCUGAUCAGUGGGGGGACGGGUUACGUCCCUGAAGAUGGACUCACAGCACAGCAGCUUUUUGCCAUUGGUGAUGGGCUUACAUACAAUGACUUCUUAAUCCUCCCGGGUUUCAUAGACUUCACUUCUGAUGAAGUGGAUCUGACCUCUGCACUGACAAAAAAGAUCACCCUGAAGACACCUCUCAUUUCAUCUCCCAUGGAUACAGUAACAGAGUCAUCCAUGGCCAUUGCCAUGGCACUGAUGGGAGGGAUUGGAAUAAUCCAUCACAACUGCACUGCUGAAUUCCAGGCCAAUGAGGUGCGCAAAGUCAAGAAAUUUGAGCAGGGCUUUAUUACAGACCCUGUGGUCAUGAGUCCAAGUCACAACAUAAGGGACGUGUUUGAAGCUAAGAUUCGCCAUGGAUUCUCUGGAAUCCCAGUGACAGAGACAGGGAAGAUGGGCAGCAAGCUUGUCGGCAUAAUUACCUCCAGAGACAUAGAUUUUUUGUCUGAGAAGGACCAUGGCAGGCCCCUGGAGGAGGCCAUGACAAGGAGAGAUGACUUAGUUGUUGCACCAGCUGGAGUCACACUAAAAGAAGCUAAUGACAUACUGCAGCGAAGCAAAAAAGGUGAGACUAUUAAGAGGCCAUGUCAAAUGGAAGGACGUAAUCAGCAUUUUGACCGUCUUAAUCUAACUCUCUUAGGUAAGCUCCCCAUUGUAAACGAUAGCGACGAGCUGGUUUCCAUUAUUGCUAGAACCGACUUGAAGAAGAACAGAGAUUAUCCUCUGGCUUCCAAGGACUCACGCAAACAACUGCUGUGUGGAGCUGCCAUUGGUACCAGGGACGACGAUAAGUACAGGCUGGAGCUCCUCAUCCAGGCUGGAGUGGACGUGGUAGUCCUGGACUCUUCCCAGGGGAACUCAGUAUAUCAAAUCAACAUUAUAAACUAUAUCAAACAGAAGUAUCCUGAUUUACAAGUGGUUGGAGGAAAUGUGGUGACUGCUGCUCAGGCUAAAAACCUCAUAGAUGCUGGCGUGGAUGGUCUGAGGGUUGGCAUGGGCUGCGGUUCUAUCUGUAUCACCCAGGAAGUAAUGGCAUGUGGACGUCCCCAAGGUACAUCGGUCUACAAGGUUGCAGAAUAUGCCAGACGGUUCGGAGUCCCAGUAAUUGCCGAUGGAGGGAUUCAGACUGUCGGGCAUGUGGUAAAGGCUUUGUCCCUGGGAGCAUCUACAGUGAUGAUGGGCUCUUUGCUUGCUGCGACCACCGAGGCUCCAGGAGAAUAUUUCUUUUCAGAUGGCGUUCGCCUGAAAAAGUACAGGGGAAUGGGUUCCCUGGAUGCCAUGGAGAAAAAUAACAGUCAAAAACGCUACUUUAGUGAGGGAGAUAAGGUCAAGGUGGCCCAAGGGGUCUCGGGGUCAGUGCAAGAUAAAGGGUCCAUUCAAAAGUUUGUUCCCUACCUCAUCGCUGGCAUACAACACGGGUGUCAGGACAUAGGAGCCAAGAGUUUGUCCAUUUUACGGUCAAUGAUGUACUCAGGCGAGUUGAAGUUUGAAAAGAGGACUAUGUCUGCUCAGAUGGAGGGAGGCGUUCAUGGGCUCCACUCAUAUUCCUUUGUGCCAUUCACAAGAAGUGGCUUCCCUGAGGCAGGGGGAAGAGGAAACACACGAACAGUACCAAACGUUCCCACCCCGGCUGCUAUGAGCAGAUGCAACGGGUUCAUGUGAUCAAACUACAACACAAAUCAAUGUUGCUGUUGCUUCCCCACAUCUGCACCCUAGGACAUAAUGCUACUUCCCUGUGACUUCUUCUGUUUUUUGUCCUAUUUCUGGGUCCUCAAUGAAAUAGGCUAAUCUUUUUUCAGCUCAAAGAACCAAAGAAGACAGGUCAAAGGGCAGGGUCACAAAGGACAGUCACAUUAAUGGAGAGCACAUAAGCUAGCGCCCUCUUGCACUAGUAAAGUUGGAGAAUGGCUAAUGCUAUUAACUGUAUUGCACUGGCCCCCUUCAGUAAACAAACACAUACCAUCUGUUCCUUUAAGUCAAGGUUCUCAUUGCUGACAUAGUAUAAAGCCUGUCUGCCUGUUGACAUGUGCAUUAAGUGGAGAGCAUUUGUAGGACAAACCAAAAAUACAUAUGUCUGUAAUAUUUAUUUUCUUGGAUAGUUUUUUUUCCCCUUAAUUUUUAGAAAAAUCCAUGAAUGUAAAUACAUUUGGAAUUAGCUGUCACCCUUAUAUGAUAACAUUUAGUAAGCAAAUUAUGGCAUUACUUCAGCAGUUAGUAGUUGUUUGGAAAAAGGUGCUGGAGUAAUUCACUUGCAGAGGAUCCUCAGCAUGUAUCACAUGCAUAGUCAUGUGAAAAAGUAAGUGCACCUCUCAAUUCAGUUUUAAUCCUGUUUUACUUAUCAGGACAUAAAAAAUAGUUUUCACUGGUCCUCACAUUUCUUUCAAAAUCAGACAAAUAUAACAUCAGAUGAAAAACUACACAUAGAACAAUACACUGGAUCAUUGUUUUAUUAGAGAAGAAAGAAAAACAAUCUGCCAAAAACAGAAGGAUGUGAAAAAGAAGCACAGCAUAUUCACCAGCUGGUGGAACCAUCUUUGUUGGCAAUACCUUUAAAUACCUGUUUUCUUUAUGACUUUAUCAGUCCUUCACAUCAUAGAAGAGAAUUUGUGUUAUCUUCUACUUUAGUUUUGCUAAAGGACAUUGAUGCAGCAGCUUUUCAUUGUAUUCUUUUAUGCAGAGAUCUCUUUAGGUCAAGCCACAGUGUUUGAGCCUUCAAUGCCUCUUUAAGAUCUGACUGGGCCAUUGCAACACCAUGGUUUGUUAUAGAUUUGUGCUUGGUUUUAUUGCCACCCAUUUUCUGUGAAACUUUGGCUCUCAGAUCUCACAUUUGACUUUAGACCAAUUUAAUAUACAGAGGAGUUCCUGGUUGAGCCUAAAAGUGUCCAGGUUCUGUAGGAUCAAGACAAGCCCAAAUUAUCACUUCUGCACCAGCGUAUUUGAUAGUUGGGUAUGAGGUGUUUGUUAUAAUCAUAUCCUAUGUUUGGUUUUGGUACUCGUGCUGCAUUACAGCCAAACUUCUCCCCUUCGCUUGUGCUUGUCCAGAGUUUCAGAGAUCUUUAAGAUACAUCUGUGCAAAAGCCAUGCUACCAUGUUGUUUUCAGAGCGAUGAGGCUCUCUACUGGCAAGCCUUGCAAACAAAUCAAAUUUGUGUAUUCUUUCCCUAUUUAUACUGCUUGGGUGCAGUCAUGGGUGGCCAUGACUCAGUGGAAACAAAGGGCUAUUUACAGUAUAUAGAUGGGAAUUAUUGACGGAGUGGAGUAUAACUGUGUUUGCAUGAACGGAUGAAUUAUAGUCAAAAUGCAAAUAAGUGCAGAAAAUGUAACGGUAUUACUUGAAUUUUAGGAUUUAACAUAUAAGCUGAGGCCUGUAUACUAAAACUUAGCUCUAGUGUUUUUAUAGUUUCCAUCAGUAUUGCACAGGAUGAGCUCUUGAAUAUUUUCCCCUAAAAAUAAUUUUUCAAGCCUCUUGCUUUGGCCGGGAAACUACCGUAUUUCUCAGUUUUUCAAUAUAUAAUAACAUGGUUAAAUUUGUCAUUUAUAAUUCAUCAAAGGUUUUGUUUAGAUGUGGUGAGGACCAGAUGACUUGCCAUUAUGUCCUGAUAAGUAAAAAGAAGAUGAAAAGGGUAUAUAUAUGUCACCUGAUAACAGCAGGGAGAAACUUUAACCUUAUGUUUUCCACAUGGCUGUACAUGUCUUCCCUGGAAAUUUGACAGUUUUGUUGAUAAUUCAACCGUCCCCAAAACACAAAUAAUUUGAUUCCUCUGUUAUGUCCCCUAAAGAUUUGGGAUAGUACUGUGAGAAUAAAAAUUGCAUUUUAUUAUUUUCAUUUUCCCUAUAUUUUUAGAAAUAAAAAUAGCAAAAGGGUUGUCCAUCGUGGCUUCUGUGAAUGUUAUUUAUCGAAUUCUUAACAUGCACACGAUUGAAAAAAAAACUUUUUUUUUCUUUGUAGCAUUGUCACCGUUAGUUUUUUUCAAAUGCAACUAUGUUUGAAAAACAAUAUUUAAAAAGACACAUUGAAGACAAAAUGUUCCUACUUUUUGAUGCGUUUUGAAUGGAUUUCUGUGUUUUUAACACAACACUGACACAAGGAGAUAAUAAUAAAAUAAUGAUCCAGUAAUAAAAAAGCACUUCAAGCCAAACUUUGUUCAAUUCCUUUUGACAGUUUUAUCCGUUCUAGGUAUUUUUCUCACCCUGUUACAAUACAACCUGGAACUGAAAUUUAAUUUUAGGGUUUUUUGUAUCAGUUACACAACACAACAAGCACCACUUUGAGGACACAUAACAUAGUUAUGUCUCAGGCAAGAAUUUAGACGUAAACCAGAAAACUUAAGCAGGCAUAAAUAUUCAAUCCUACAAAGUCAGUAUAAAAUGGCAGUGUAUUUCUUGGGAUUGUACAUGGAUCUUGUUCUAACAUUACAAGAUCCAUACGGGUCCAAGGGGCAAAACGAAAGAAUGGAAGUCACAGAUUUACAAGAUUCAUGGUCACAGUGACCCUCCGUGGACAUGGUUGUGUGUCUGUGCUCUUUUAUUUUGACAACAGCAGCCCCUUGGUGGUAACAAUUGUUUCACUGAUGUAAAUAAAUGAAACUUCAUGAAAAAGCUGUACAUUGCCUUAUUUAACAGAAAUCACACGUACAGUACAAGACCCAAGAGACAACUGGUUCGUGUCGGGGACAGUGGUUGGACCAUGUAAAAAUAUAUCUAAUGCUUAGAGGUGAUUGGAAUCCAGCAGUAUUCCUGACAACGAAUGGUUAUGUAUUCUUGUAUGAGGGAUUUUCAUGGAUGAGUGAACUUAUCAUUGAGGGGGACAGUGUUCAAGAAAGAAAGAUUUGGCUUUAAAGUUAUCUUUCAAUGCAUACAUACUUUUAUUUGACUAAUUUCUGUGAAAAUAAAUU